AUGCAAUUCUCUACAGUCGCUCUUAUCUCGUCGCUAGGCUCUGCCGCGCUGGCGCAGCAGUUCCUCAACACCACCACUCCAUUGAGCUCGGCGCGCUCGUCCUCGACCGCAUCUUUGGUGCCUUCCAACGCUGGGGAGACCACCACCUACACGGACUACGAGGUUGUCACCGCGUUCACCACCUACUGCCCUGAGCCAACCACCAUCAUCACCAACGAUGAGACCUACACUGUGACCUCUGCCACUACUCUAACAAUCACCAACUGCCCAUGCACCAUUCCAAAGUCCACCACUAAGACCGCCACUAAGGAGGAGCCUGUGACCGUGACCGAGGAGGAAGUCGUCACAGCUUUCACCACCUACUGCCCAGAGCCAACCACCUUCUCUACCAACGGCGAGACCUACACUGUGACCUCUGCCACUACUCUAACGAUCACCAACUGCCCAUGCACCCUAACGAGAACCACCACUAAGUCUAGCUCUGAGGCUCCAGCUGCCACCUCCACCGAGACUACCAGCUCCAAGGCCAGCUCUGAGGCUCCUGUCGCCACCUCCACCGCGAGAACUAUCACUGUGACCGAGGAGGAAGUCGUCACUGCCUUCACCACCUACUGCCCAGAGCCAACCACCUUCUCUACCAACGGCGAGACUUACACUGUGACCUCUCCAACUACUCUAACCAUCACCGACUGCCCAUGCACCUUGACCAGAACCUCGACCACUACUAAGACCGAGGCCACCUCCACUGUCGAGGGAACCACCGUCACUGGCACCACCGUCCCAGGUACCACUGUCACCGGCACUACCGCCCCAGGCACUACCGUUACUGGCACCACUGUCACUGGUACCACCGGUCAGGAAACCACUGUCCCAGGUACCACUGUUGAGGGCACCACUGUCCCAGGUACCACUGUUGAGGGCACCACUGUCCCAGGUACUACCGUCACUGGCACCACUGCUCCAGGCACUACCGUCGAGGGCACCACUGUUACCCCAUCUUCCGCCAAGGGUACCACUGCUGCCACUCCUUCUGUGAGCUCCUCUGCUGCUACCCUUUCCUCAGUCACUAUUUCUACUGAGCAAGGUACUCACGCCGCCACCUCCGCCACAUCUUCCCACUCCAUUGCUGUCCAGUCUGAGGCUGGCGCUAACAAGAUCGCUGUCGGUGGUGUUGCUGGUUUGGCCGCUGCUGCCGCUUUGUUGAUCUAA